GGCGCGCCCGUCCCGUCCCGGCGCGGGCAGGGGCUGCGGGCGCUCGGCCGCCGCCGCGAUGAACAGCGUAGGCGAGGCCUGCACCGAGCUGAAGCGCGAGUACGACCAGUGCUUCAACCGCUGGUUCGCCGAGAAGUUCCUCAAGGGCGAGAGCGGGGGGGACCCCUGCGGGCAGCUCUUCAAACGCUACCAGCUGUGCGUGCAGAAAGCCAUCAAGGAGAAGGACAUACCCAUUGAAGGCCUGGAGUUCAUGGGCCCAAACAAAGCCAAAACUGAGAACUCCUCUUGACCUCAGCUGUAUGGACAGAGUCAUGAGUAUGAGCCUUUGGACUGAGCAACAUCAGGUGCACAACUGGAUACCAUGUGAAUAACACCUUUGUUAAGCUGCUUUCAAGGAAGUGAGGAAUUUUCUCUGCUUGUAAAACAGCUACACACAGGCACACAAUGAAAAACAAUCUGGGUCACCUGCUAACUGCUGCCUCCUUUUCAGUGAAUUUUGGUGGUGGUUCAGCACUUAAACUGUGAAAAGCUGUUUGAACUAACUUCCUAUUGAGUGAACCCUGCAGUGGGAGAAUACUUAUUGGAGUGGGCUGAGAUAGUAGCUGCUUUGUAACUGAUUUCUCUUAUUUCUAUAACACUUGAAAGUGUUUAAAAAGAAUAUGAAAGAGGGUGAUUUACUUUGUCUCAUCUCUAUGUUGCUGAAUUUCGGUAAAAGAAAUUUGUUUUAAAUGAUCCUAAUUGCUGAGAGGCUAAAAUGUUGUUUUCUAUCAGCAACAUGGGUGGUAUAAAAGCAUUCUGAUGGACCUGCAAUAACUUAGCUAAAAUAAACAUACCCAAGUUAUGUUUUGUUCAAGUAGGUAACUGUCCAGUAGAACCUGCUUGUGACCUCCAGAAAGGAUGGAGGUGGCCUGCAACAGACGCUGAAGAGGACAUUUUAAUGCUGAGGCUACUUCUUCAGCCUUUUCUGAGGUACUGAAACAAUCUUGAAUUCUUUCUCCUGUAACAUUACAUGUUCCUGCAUUAAAGUGCAGCACAGCCCUGGCUGUCCUUUUCCACACUACCACAAAGCACCAGGCUGGCCACCAUCACUGUUACCACUUGUGGUUGUCAAAGUGUGUGUUAAAUGAGGGAACCAUUGGGUUGUGGCUUGACAGCUGGUGAUGUUAAAAGCCCCAGCUGCCACCUGGGCAUCAUCUCUGCUUGCAAACCUGCUCCUGAACUGUGUGUACUUUACACCUAGGAAAGCACACAGUUAUUUGUGCUGUCUUGUAAACUGCAGGGACACUCACAGUAGCUAGAAAAAGGAUGUUUGGGAGAGAAGCAAGGGAUCAGGAUCCAUCCUGCCCAGUGGCCCUGCAAGCAUUUUGGCAGUGGAGGACAUUUCUGUUGAUCCUGAUACAGGCAUGGGGAAAAGCUGUCCUCUCCUUACACCAGCACAAGUGAAAGAGUAAAAAAUAUUAAGGCCUGGGGAUGAAAGAGAAGUCAACUUCCUAAUUCUCCUAGAAUUAGUGAGGAAAAAAGUGAGCUUCACUCUGCUUUUAAAGCACGACCAGAAGGAUCAUUUGAGGGGUUUACUUAAAAAAAUGAUAAAAGUGCAGUUCUCAGCUGUCACAGGUGGGUUGUGUGCAGCACAGCCCCUCAGCAACCACCCAGUUCUCGGGGGUGUUUGGCUGAGCCAUGCUCCUGCGCUUGGGGGUGUGAGCGAGGUAGUGCAAUGUACAGGGAUUAAACAUGGCACUUAAAAAAGAGCUGUUGACUCCUAAACUGCUGGGUCGCUCAGGUGAAAAUAAAAAAUAGCUAAGGGAAAGGUCUUUCUAAAAGCACUGUCAGUAGCAUUUUGGGGAGUGUCAAGUAUGUGGCUUGUUUUGUUUUAAGGAAGAGCACAUAAAUCCAUUUGCUUUUCUAUCAUCAUGCAAGAAUAAAUGAUUUUUGUCAGUUAGCUUUAAAACACCUGUGCCCAUCAGUGCCUUGUUCUGUGCUUUUAACACAGAAGAGCUUGUCUUGGCAGUCAUUUUAGAACUAAGUGAAUGAAAUCAGUUGCAUUGAAGCGUGGGAAGGGUGUCCCACAGCAUCUGCUUUGAAAUUCUCCCUUGCCCUCCAUCACUCCUUUCAGCAGCAAGGUGCUAAGUCAGCUGCUGCAUUCUGCUUUUUGUGAAACACAGUAUUAGUGACAGCUAAGACACAGCUCUGUCUCUCAUACCUUGCAAAAAAAAAAAAGAGUUCAACUUUUGCAGAAGGAAUUAGAAAAUGGUUGUCUUGCAGAAUUAUACUGGAACAGACUGAGGGCUUUAGAACUGGCUGUUAACUAUGGGAGAUAAUUAAGGUUAAGAAGCUUCUAAAUGACACAGCAUCAUUUACAGAUGUAUGCAGUGGAGCAGAAAGCAUGUUUUCACUUUUAACACCUGUAUGAAAGACUGUACAGCCAGACUGCAGCUUUCUGACAAGCAGGGUUGUGGGCAAUGUAUGUACUGAUGUACUAGAAAAUCUGAGAGCUGAAGAUGAACAUUGUGUAGAAUGAACAUUGUGCACAGAGAGCUUAAUUAAACAUCUUUGCUGCUGCCUUCUCCCAGAAGGGGUUAAAAGAAAACUGCCUUCACGACUGCUAAUAAACAUUGCAAUAGCUGACUAUGGAGA